UUCACCAGUAAAAGAAAAUAUUAGGAGCAAUGAGCUGCCCGAAAGAUCAAUGUUUCGUUAACUUGCCUCAACAUUUUCUUGUUUGCCUGACCGUGCACAAAGUUAAAGAUCUGCAAACUCUAAACGCUGACACAUAUGUUACUGUAACGUUGGACAAAAAAUUAAAACAAACCGCUACGUUUAAGAACUCAGACUGUCCAUAUUUCAACGAAUACUUUGUAUUCGAACAUUACUGCAGUUUGACCGAUCUGUUACGCCUGAAUGUUUCACUGGUCGUGUUUCAGAAACGGGGCUGCGUUAAGAAGGAUGUUCGUUUAGGGGAAAUUGUGGUCGACCUGAAUAUGGUCUGGAAUUUAGAAAAUCAUGCGUUUCACAAGAAGUGGGGUGUCUUGGAGAACACCGAUGCGCAAGGAACUGCGGAUGGUGGUAAAUCUUAUCUACAAUUUGAUUUGGCUAUUAUAUCCAAAGACGAUAAGCCUGCGCCAGCAGUCUUUCAGAUUAGAGAUUACGACAAUGUCGAGAGCAAUUUAUUGCAACCACUUACAACGACCGAUGUUUAUCACAAAGUGAAGUAUGUUGUGAAUAUCUAUCGCGGCUGUGAUUUCUCACGGAACGGAAAUUAUGCGGUUCAAGUUUGCUUCGCUGCCAAUGUGCUUCGAACGAAAAUGAUACGAAAUACUCAAACGCCAGAGUGGAACGAACAGUUUUGUUUUCCUGGAAAUUAUCCCUCACUCUGUCAAACAAUGACCAUUCAAGUGAUGAAAUCGUCGAGCUAUUAUGCUAUGGCCGAAAUUUAUUUGGAUGAAAUUUGCGAUGACGGAUUUGAACUGGUACACUAUCCUACGAUUGGACCCACCUACUUUCAACUGUACGACGCCACAAAUAAAAAUAAAUAUAUGGGACGGCUUCUUCUAUCGAUCGAAACGGAUCCAGUGGAUAUGGACACACUGAAGAAACCGAAAACGAGCAUCGUUCCGUCGCUUAUAGAGAGUGAAUAUUGGUCAACGGAAUCGUUCGAUGUUCGAGUAAUUGUCUACAAUGUGUCCCGAUGUCUGAUACCGGCGACUAAAUUAAAAAUUCAAUUUCAUUUGGGGACACAAAGUUCGAAUAUUGUUGAAUACCCACUGUGCGAGUACGAUAAAGGAUCAAAGAAUUUCUUUAGCAUUCGACCAACGACUUAUCAAGUGAUGUACGUAAGCAUACAAUUGCCAGAUAAUCGGUUAAAAUUCCAAAUUCAAUUUUCCCUCGAUGCCAUCUUGGACGAAAUGCAAAUUCAGAUGAAACGAUUUAAGCUCUGGGUGUUGUCUAAUCCAAAAGCUACUCAUGAACAUCUUCAAUUUGCUCGGAAAAUAGUUCACGAAUUGACAGAAAUGAUGACGAGCUUUUGCGGAAAUUUAUAUUUCAAGAUAUUCAAAAGGCUAACGCAAUGGGAUAAAAAUCGUGUGGCAUUUCUGCAAGCUUUUAUUGAAGAAAGCAUCACAAAAUUGGAAGAAACAAAAGAAUCGCUGGAUUGUCGACCCAACGACACUAAGCACAACUUAUCAGUCUUCGAGGACGUUAUCAAUAAAUUUAUUGCGAGCAUUUCCAACAUAUUAGCGAAUAGUCUUCAAGACAAAUGGCCAGAUCUGAUAAUAGAAAUGCAUGGCAACAAUGACAUCAUUUACUAUCGGUCUGAUUCCAGGAUCUACACAUUUUCGCAGAAUAAAAGCAGUACCGGAAAAUAUUGCGGCAACCGGCAUGAUGUAAUUUUAAAACCAAUUGGGUGCUCACAUACUUGUACGCAUUGUGGCUGCUACGCGGGAUCGGCAAAUUUGAGUGUCUGGCUUGGAACCAAUCAGGACAAUGCUUCAGUACUGCCAGUUGAUUCUGUCCAAUCGGAAAAUGGUCUUGUAGCAAGUGUCACAGACUCCUUAUUUAAAUGUAACGUCUACAUACAUCAAGCAAAAAUUCGUCCCGGUGCGGAUAAAAGUGGCCUGGCUGAUGCAUUAAUCACCGCAACUCUGAAUGAUACACAAGGAUCCACGGGAGUCAUACAUAAUUCAUUAUCGCCGCUAUGGAACGAAGUGAUUACAUUCAAUUGCAUCAAGAUGGUGGGAAGUCCUCUCUCGUAUCUACAAGAGCCAGCUAUUAUUCUUUUGGAUAUAUACGACAUCGAUGUAAAAAAGAAACUAUCUAAAGAAUUCCUAUGCACAGCAAUUUUAAGACCUUUAACAAGAAUGCUUGAGGCUAUCGCAUCAAUUAGUCCAACACCGGAAAUUCCUAAUGUAUGUUCGAAACCAAUCGACUCAAAUGGUGAAUCGGAGACACAGUCCGAACCACCAUCGAAGCCACAAUUGAAACGACCAACACUGAAACACAUCAUUGAAAAAAUAGAAAAUAGAAGAUCCAAAAGAAAACUGCCCGAUUUCGCAUCGAUUGCCUUUCCUAUUCCACUACAGUGGAUCGAAGCGGUCAGAGACGGUGAAGUUUGUGCUGAGAUUUUGUGUUCAGCCGAAUUUAUCCAGCUUCCAGACAAGACAGUUGCAACUGAGCCUGUCUCGAAUCAAAUAGGAAUUCCUCCAGUUAUUUGUCCGCAUGUGGCAAACUAUAGAGUUGAAGUUACGUUUGCUGGUCUGCGGCAUUGCAAGAAUUUACCGACUCGUACAAUGGGUCGUUACAAAAUUGAGAUGUCUUUUGCUGAAUUAAGUAUGAAAAGUGGACUAUCCGGUAAAAAACACGGAAAUUCUGUCAAUUUUUUAGACCCAUUUCGGGCUGGCUAUGUUAGUCUGCCCGAGGAAACUAAGUACUGGCCACCAAUUGUCAUCAAGCACGUGGAUUGCUCUAACAAAAAAGAAACCGCCAUUGGUGCGGCAAUGUUUUCUAACACGGGGAAAUUCUUGACGAAGCCCGUUGAUCGUUCUAAUGAGCAGACCGGUGUUGAGUCAAAUAAGACUCGCCGCAACCGAACCGAACUGUUGGUCAAACAGCCAAUGAACAAGUUACAUAAAUUUUUGCAUUUUCCAAAAAUUAAAGCACGCGAGAGUGGAAAAUCCGUUUCGAAAGCCAGUAAGCAACGGGUCGUCGAAAACAAGUUCACGUGGUACACGAAAUUUUACAAUUCCUUGAACUGUGACGAUAAAGGUGGAAUUGAGAAGCAUCGUCUUCGAGUAUUCGACUGUGAAUUGGAAAAGAUUGACGAGUACAGCAAUUUGACGGAUUGGGCAGAACCGAUGAAUCUGAUGAAGGGAACCAACUCGAAGAAAUUAAGUGGGCCAAAGGACGUGAUCUAUGGAAUGUUGAAAUGUAACAUUCGCGUUAUUAAAACUAGCGAAGGUAACAACAAUGAGGCAGUAGUGGACAUGAGAGGCAAUCGAAGUGUGGAGCUGUCAAGUCUGAUAACGGAAACGAAAAUUGUGGUUCGAAUUUAUGUGGUCCAGGGAAUAAAUUUACGCUCAAAAGACUCUGCUGGGAAUUCCGAUCCAUAUUUGAGAAUCGAAUACGGAACAAACAAAGUAAGUGAUCGAGCGCACUAUAUUACGAAUCAGGCGAAUCCCAUAUUUGGAAAACGAUUUCAAGUCACUGGAAUUCUUCCCAAAGACACUCAAUUAAAAAUAUCGGUCUACGAUUAUGAUGAGUGUAGGCUAAAUGACGAUUUGAUUGGGUCAACUGUGAUUGAUGUAGAGGAUCGACUACGAUCGAAACAUCGAGCCUAUUGUGGAUUGGCCGAAGAAUAUAGUAGUUAUGGCUACAAUAUGUGGCGAGACCAUUAUAAACCGUCUCAGAUUUUAAAACAACUUUGCCAUAAAUACGAUUUGGGAGAACCAAAUUAUGUUGGAAACAAGAUUAACUUGGCCGGAAUAACUUUCGAUGAUACAACGAUACUUCCAUCAAGUGAAUCAAAGCAAGAACGACUAAGUCUAUCAGUGUUAAAGGAAUUGGAUCGAAUACCAGAAAUUGGAUUUAAACUCUGUCCCGAACAUGUUGAAACUAGGUCACUAUACCGAAGUGACAGACCUGGCAUUGAACAGGGUAAACUUCAAUUAUGGAUCGAAAUAUUUGAACCGGAACAUGUACCAGAACCGAUUGAUUUAACACCCCUACCACCACGAGCCUACGAAUUACGUGUUAUCGUUUGGAAUACUUCCGAUGUGAUAUUGGAUGAGAAAAAUGUGUUUGGAAAGUAUAUGAGCGAUAUCUACGUUAAGGGGUGGCUAACCGACGUGGAAGAUGCUCAAUACACUGACACCCACUAUCGAUCUAUGACAGGUGAAGGAAAUUUUAAUUGGCGAAUGAUUUUCCCGUUAUUAUAUUCGGAUUCGGAGGACGUGAUGGUAGUGCGCAAGAAGUUGGGUUUCUACGAUAAAUUCGAUACGGAGUCAAAGCUACCAACAAAUUUACAAAUUGAAUUAUGGGAUAAUGAUGCCAUCUCAGCCGAUGACUUUUUAGGUGUGCUCGCAAUUAACAUUUCAAAUAUUCCUGUGCCAGCCAAAACAGCAGCUGCAUGCGGACUGAAGAAACAGCAAAGUGAAUUUGUUAAUUUAUUCGAAGUUGAGAAAGUCAGGGGAUGGUUUCCGGCCAAAGGAAUAACGAAGGAUGGUAAAAUGGGGCAGACCGGGAAAAUUGAAUUGGAAUUGGAAGUUUUAUUGGCUGAUGUAGCUGCAGCUGAUCCAGUUGGAAAAGGAAGAGAAGAUCCGCACGCUUUACCGACACCCAAUCGUCCCGACUCGUCCUUCAAUUUUCUAACGAAUCCAUUUCGUUUGGUAAAAUACAUGACUGGGAAAUUAACGAAAUAUAUUCGUUAUGGAUGUUCGAUUUUAAUUGGAAUUGUGAUAUUGGCAUUGCUGUUCUAUAUCCUACCAAGUAAUACAUUCCAUUUUGGCAGAUGGAGGCGAAAUGACAAAUAUAGUGAAUGGACGGACUGAUAUUUUCAACGUUUCUUUAAGUUAUAGUAAAUAUUUGAACGGUUGAGAGGUCAGCUGUGCAGCUUUGCGAGAUUGUCGAAAUUUCACUGUCUAGAUACUAUCAAUACAAUUGCACUGAGUUCAAAUGUAUAUAUUUUUAGAGCAUUAAACAAGACAUUUUAAGUUUCAUUCAA